AUGAAAUGGAGACAGAGCAACAAACAAGCGUUGGAUAUCCAAAAGGAAAGCAAACAGAAAUCUUAUGUCUCCCAUGAAAUCAUUUCAAGAUUAAACGACCAAACUGAUAUUUAUAUGGUUAACAGCCUUCUGGAGACGUUAAAAGAAUUUGCUAGCCAAGGUCACUUGUCCAAAGCCUUCAGGAUUUUUUCGCUCAUUCAAGGCCAUGCAUUAGCAUCUUCCUCUUGUGAGUCUAUUGCUGGUUCAUUGUCAUCCCUGCUGUUAUCUUGUACCAAUCACAAGUUGCUUCCUCAAGGUAAACAGCUCCAUGCCCAGGUUAUUACCUGGGGUCUUCAAAAUAACCGUGCAUUGGUCCCAAAACUAGUUUCCUACUAUACGGCUUUCGGUUUUCUUGAUGAUGCUCAUUUCAUAGCUGCGGGCUCGAACAUUUUGCAUCCUUUACCUUGGAAUGUCCUUAUUUCAUCAUAUGUCAAUAGAGGACAUUUUGAGGAAGCUAUAUUUGCCUAUAAACAAAUGGUUCACAAGGGAGUAAGGCCCGAUCAUUUCACCUACCCGUCCGUUCUCAAAGCGUGUGCCGAGCAAUCUACUCUUGAUUUCGGAAGAGAAGUUCACAAAUCUAUUGAUGCUAGCUCUCUCAGGUGGGACUUGUUUGUGCAGAAUUCAUUGGUAUCCAUGUAUGCAAAGUGUGGGGAUCUCGAAACCUCCCGAAGUAUUUUCGAAAAAAUGCCGACUAGGGACCAAGUGUCGUGGAACUCAAUAAUCUCAGGAUAUGCCUCUAGAGCUUCGUGGGACGAGGCUUUCAAGCUUUUCGAAAGGAUGAGAGCAGCACGUAUGGAAAUAAACAUCAUAACAUGGAACACCGUGGCUGUAGGUUGCUUGAAGACGGGCAAUUUCAAGGGGGCUCUCGAAUUGAUCUGUCAGAUUAGAGAAACUGUUGGGCAUCUUGAUCCUGUGGCGGUUAUAAUUGGCUUGAAUGCGUGCUCUCAUAUUCGUGCUCUGCGGCUAGGAAGAGAACUUCAUGGAUUGGCCGUUCGAAAUGCUUCCAUUGACUAUGAUAAUGUGAAAAACGCACUGAUUACCAUGUAUUCCAGGUGUGGCUACCUUUCGUAUGCGCAUAUUAUGUUCAGAUUGUCCGAAACUAAAAGCAUAGUUACCUGGAAUUCGAUCAUCUCCGGCUUUGCACAGUGGGAACGGCCCGAAGAAGCCAUGUAUCUCUUUAAAGAACUGUUGCUUGCUGGCAUUAAACCGAAUUUCGUGACUCUUGCAGGGAUUCUACCCCUUUGUGCCAGGGUGGCGAAUCUGAGACAUGGGAAAGAGUUCCACUGCUACAUUUGCAGGCGUGAAGAAUUUCAGAGUCACCUGUUGCUUUGGAAUUCUCUUAUAGAUAUGUAUGCAAGAUCGGGUAAAGUUUUAACGGCCCGAAAAUUGUUCGAUUUGCUCGAGAACAAAGAUGCAGUUUCUUACACGUCGAUAAUAGCUGGGUACGGCAUGCAAGGCAAUGGUAAAGUUGCUGUUAAGUUAUUUGAACAAAUGAUAAGAUCCGGAAUAAAGCCCGAUCGAGUGGCAAUGGUUGCUAUUUUGUCAGGUUGUAGCCAUUCAGGCCUUGUGGCUCAAGGCCAAUUGUUCUUCGAAAAAAUGGUGACUGUUUUCAGCAUAAAUCCCGAUCUGGAGCAUUAUUCUUGCAUGGCUGAUCUAUAUGGGAGGGCCAGCUUGCUGAGGAAGGCAAAAGAUAUUAUCCUAGGGAUGCCUUACGAGCCAACACCUGAAAUGUGGGCCACGCUCAUCGGGGCAUGUAGAAUCCAUGGGGACACUAAUAUUGGGGAAUGGGCUGCCGAGAAGCUUCUAGAAAUGAGGCCCCAGAAUUCGGGUUAUUAUGUGUUGAUUGCAAACAUGUAUGCUGCUGCCGGUUGCUGGGGUAAAUUGGCAAAAGUGAGAAGCUUUAUGCGGGAUUUGGGCGUGAGGAAAGAUCCCGGUUGUGCCUCGGUUGAUACUGGAGAUGGGUUCGAGCCAUUUAUGGUCGAGGAUAGUUCAAACAGUCAAGCGGAUGAGUUAUACUCCUUGCUGGGCGGGCUGACUAAGCAAAUGAGAAACAUUGAUCGUGUAGUUCAUGAUAACUUUGUAGCUGAAGGAGAAAAUUUGACCGGGAUUUUUGAGACGUAA